AUGUCGCUCAAGCAGGAAAUAGAAACCUGGGUCGAGGCUCUCGGUCACUAUGACAAUCAAGAGUUCGAAGAAGCCUUGCGGGCUUUUGAUGCAAUCGCCGACACAUCUAAGAUCCUGUUUAAUUGCGGUGUCAUUCAUGCUACCAUUGGCGAGCAUGACAGAGCGGUGGAAUGCUACCAACGGGCCAUCAAGCUUGACCAGUAUCUGGCGGUGGCUUACUUCCAGCAAGGCGUGUCCAACUUUCUCGUCGGUGAUUUUGAAGAAGCGCUGGCCAAUUUCAACGACACCUUGCUCUACCUGAGAGGAAACACCUAUAUCGACUACGAGCAACUGGGCCUCAAGUUCAAGCUUUACUCCUGUGAGGUUCUGUUCAACCGUGGCCUGUGUUAUAUGUACCUCCAACAAGAGGAAGCCGGUCUGCAAGAUUUCAGCUAUGCCCAGAAGGAAAAGAUGACUCCUGACCAUGAUGUGAUUGAUGAUGCUAUCAAGGAAAGGGCUUCGGGCUACGUUGUGUUCAGCAUACCUGUCGGAUGUGUCUACAGACCAAACGAAGCCAAAGUCAAGAAUCUCAAAGCCAAGGAUUAUCUCGGCAAGGCUCGACUGAUAGCAACGUCCAACAGCCAGAACACGGGUACGGGAUUCCAAGGCAUUGAAAGGAGACAAGCCAUAGCUACCGAAAUGGCUCCCAAGGAUGACCGGCCUCCCGAAAAUAUCAGCUACGCUGCCACCAAUCUCGUGCAACGAAAUCUCUCCAGCAGAGUUCCGAGAGAUCAGAGUGCCCCUCCAGUUAUGAACAGGAAUGUCUUCCCCCCGACUCCACCACCGGAGAGUGAGAAGCCGAGAGUGUCCAGUACCGGAUCGUCAAAUCUGCCAAUGCGAACCACCUCCUUACGCAAUCCCCGAAACAUGAAUGCGAACAAACCGGACAUGGACCAGCCUCGGCCGGGCAUGCUCGGGCGCUCGGCUACAUUUGAUGUUAAUGGAAAUCAGCCGCCCGGGAUAGGGAGGAUGCAACCACCCCAACGCGAAAAUUCAUGGCCUGAGGAGCCCGUGAUGAUGGACCGGCCACAGAUAGAAAGAUCUCGCUACGGCACUCAAAGGACGGCCUCCGAACCUCGUGGCCCUGUCUCGCGGAGACAGAUGCUAGAUCGAUCGCUUUCCCAAAGAGCUCCAGCGCCUUUGUUCCGAGAGACCACACAGUCGAGGUACGAAGAUCCCAACGAUACGGUGGACGAUGUCUAUCGGAUGUACGCGAGUCCACGAAGACGCCAGCGGCGUCAAGAGCAACAAGCGUAUAUCAACGAAGAAGACGAAUACAUAGACGAGGAAGAAAUGUCGGAAGACAUGACCGGAUUCGAGCCCGUUAGACGUCCAACUUCACGUUCUGGACGGGGAAGUAGACGACACGACAUGCGCAAGAUCCGGGUCAAAUGCCACUUUAAUGAAGAUACGAGAUACCUUAUGAUUGGCGCAGUGAUAGAUUUUGGCGAUUUUGAAAGCAAAAUACGAGAAAAAUUCGGAAUCAAAGAACAAUUGAAAAUUCGGAUGCAGGACGAUGGUGACAUGAUCACCAUGGCCGAUCAAGAUGAUUUGGAGAUGUUGCUGAGCAGUGUUCGCAAUCAAGCCAGGAAAGAGAGGAGUGAGAUGGGGAAGAUGGAAGUUUGGAUCUCCUCAUGA